UAAACCAUUGGGUUUAAUUGGAAAUCACAUACAAGUUCUCAUUUUGUGUAAUGAGAUUAUUAGGGCAAAAAUGACCUGGCAAUGCAGUCAUGGCCUACACACAGCUCAAUGACCCCUUUGGUAAAAGAGAAAAAAAAAGAAGGUAAAGGUGGAAUGCCACGUGGAGCUACCAUUUUGGAGGUGAGAUUAUACUAAUAGAACCAUUAUUAGAAGUGUUACGUUACACCACUCGCAGUAAUUUGAUAGGAACAGGUAGGACGAUUUCGUCUUUUCGAUACGGUUAUAUUUAUUAUAAAAUAAUAAAAUAAUGACAGGCUCUCUGCCCAAUGUCCCUAUUGUCUCUCUGGGCUGCAUCUUUAAACCUGACCAAAGUAUAUACUUCUAACUCCCCAACCCUUUUUCUCUUUCCUCAAACCAUUUUUCUUUUUCUUUAUUUUUACCAUUUUUAUUUAUUUAUUUAUCUGUGAAGUGGCCAAAGCUCCAAGGUUGAAAUGGGUCAAUUCCGAGUCUACGAGACUCAGAAAAAAGGCACCGGCUUUGCCAGCGAGUAACAAGGAAGAAAGAGAGUAGCUUUUUUAAGCACGAGUUUGACAGUGUCCUGAACCACCACCACCACCACCAGUGGAAGAUCUCCCAUUUUAGCCACCGUCACGGAAUGUGGAGAUCGUCGGAAGAUCGGAAGUAGAAAGCCGCCCGAGUUUGUUCUAUUCUUGGAAAGCUGCUUUCUCAUUGAGAUUUUGGCCAAAGGAGCUCAAAAUGGGUUGCUGUUACUCAAGAUUAGAGAGAGAAGAAACUGUUUCGAGGUGCAAAGCGAGAAAGAGGUACAUGAAACAGUUGGUGAAGGCAAGGCAAGCUUUUUCUGCUUCUCACAGCUUGUACAUUCGUUCUCUUCGUGGCACUGGCGCCGCUCUCCGGCAGUUUUCCAAUGCAGAGACCUACAUUCGCCGCCCUCAGCAGCAGCAGCAGAACUACCACCACCACCUCCCGCCGGUACUUCCAUCUCCGACCCCACGAACGCCGCCGCCGCCUCCACCUCCACAUAUCCCCAUGAGUCCUAGUUCAGACACCUGGACAUCGAUCACGGCCUCCCCGGCACUACCUCCGCCGCCGCCGCCGCCACCAUCAUCCACUUGGGAUUUCUGGGACCCUUUUGUGCCGUCGACAUCUCGCACUGUGACCGAGGAAGAAUGGGAGGCCACCACCAUUGCAUCGGAGGCUAUGGUCACUGUAACAGGGGCAGCGAGCUCAGCACCACCGCCGUCAGUGGUGAGUGGUUUUUCAAAGGACACUUCAAGCACUGAGCUUGCUAUGGUAGUGUCGAGGAACACCAAAGAUCUGGUGGAGAUUAUUAAGGAGCUUGAUGAGUACUUUCUCAAAGCUGCUGAUGCUGGUGCUCAGCUCUCUUUGCUUUUGGAAGUCCCCACUUUUUCUUCUCAGAAUAAAGGAGCAGGGCAGGGUUACAAUAACGGGUGGAGCUUGAGCCCUUCGUUAUGGGUGUGGGGUUCAAACACAAAAUCAAAUGAUGCAUUUGGUAAGUUAAACGGAGAAAUAACACCAACAAAUAUGGGAAAUGGAUGUGCUGGGAAUAGCAGCAGCCACUGCUCGACAGUGGAGAAGCUGUACGCUUGGGAGAAAAAACUGUACCAAGAAGUCAAGACGGCCGAGGCUACAAGGAUAGAGCAUGAGAAGAAGGUGGAACAGCUGAGGAAGCUAGAGCUGAAGAGGGCUGACUAUGUAAAGACUGAGAAAACUAAGAAAGAGGUUGAAAAGCUGGAGUCACAGAUGAUGGUUGCUUCUCAGGCCAUUGAAACUACAUCUGCUGAAAUCGUCAAGCUAAGAGAAAUCGAGCUCUAUCCACAACUCCUUGAGUUUGUCAAAGGAUUGAUGUGCAUGUGGAGAAGUAUGUACGAGUCUCAUCAGGUCCAAACACACAUUGUUGAACAGCUCAAAUAUCUAAACAUCAUACCAUCUGCUGAGCCAACAUCCGAGAUUCACCGCCAAUCAACUCUCCAGCUUGAGCUUGAAGUCCAGCAAUGGCAUGCCUCUUUUUGCAAUCUAGUGAAAGCUCAACGGGAUUAUGUCCAAUCUCUUACAGGCUGGCUCCGGCUUUGCCUUUUCCAGAUAAGUGGGAACCCAUUAUUAAGAACAGGUCAAGAUUCUAGAAUUUACUCACUUUGCGAAGAAUGGAAUCUCGCAGUUGAUAGGAUUCCAGACAAAGUGGCUUCUGAAGGAAUCAAGAGCUUCUUAACCGUAGUUCAUGCCAUUGUUGUUCAACAAGCUGAGGAAUAUAGGCAAAAGAAGAAGGCAGAUUCUGCCUCAAAAGAGCUUGAAAAGAGAGCAAUUGAGCUAAGAUCACUAGAAAGCAAAUAUGUUUCCCAUUCAAUGCGAGAAUGCUCGGCAUCGACGAGAGGAAGAGACCCAGUUCAAGAGAAGCAAAACAAGGUGGAUAAUUUGAGAACAAAAGCUCGAGAUGAGAAACAAAAGCAUGAAAACUUAGUCAGUGUGACAAGGUCAAUGACGAUAAAUAACUUGCAGAUGAGUUUUCCCCAUGUUUUCCAGGCAAUGGUUGGGUUUUCCAGUGUAUGUAUGCACGCAUACGAGGCAGUUUACAAUCAAACUAAAAAUCCUGACCAGCAUGAAGUGAAGAGAUUACUACCUUAAAAGAGAUCUGAUUCGAGAGGGAGCUAUUCCAGCCAAUUCCUGUGCAUAGUGAAUUCAACAAGGGGGAGUUUACUGGUAAAAAAAAAAUGUGGAAUCUAGGCAUCGACUUCAUUUAUUCUGAUAGAAGAUUUCAUAUGGAUAAUGGAAAAGAGGAUGCAAGUGGGAUAUUUUGCUCGCUUUUAUGAAAGGGGCAGGAAUUGCCGCGCCAGCUCCUCUGAAAUGGUGUGGAAGUUAAAAUACAGGCCUGGAGUUUUGUAGAGUUCAUAGUUUUUAGACCAUUAUGGUCAGUAUGUUGUUCUUGUAAAUAGAUAUUUCAUCACAUUUUCGGAAGUUUUAUUUGCUUAA